UGUUUGUGUGUGUGUGAGAGGACUAUAAGAGGCAGCUCUCCGCAGCGGUCGGUGAGCUGGUGCAGUGCUACAGCGCUCGCCUGUUCUCAGCGCCGGUGUGCAGAAAAAGGGGGACUUCAAAAACCCUACAAAAACUUCCUGAACCCCGCAACAUCCACAACCUCCUCACUCCUCCUCCUCCUCCUCACAUCCACCAUGACCUACGACCCCUACUCCUCCUACCGUCGGCCCUGGGACGUCUUCCGCGGACCCCCGGCCGCCCUCAAGCCCGCCAUGCCGUCCUGCCUCUACGGCUCCUCUUCCCCCCGCCCGCCUCCCUCCGCCGCGGGACCCCGGAGGCUCCAGAGGCCGGCCGUCUCCUACCCUUCCUCCUGGGCCUCCGCCUCCUGCUGGGGCCCGGCCGGCGGGGCCUCGGACCGGCUGGACCUGGCCCAGGCCAGCUCCCAGAACACGGAGCUGCUGGGCGUGCGCUCCCAGGAGCGGGAGCAGCUGGGCGGCCUCAACGACCGCUUCGCCACCUACAUCGAGAAGGUGCGGCGGCUGGAGCUGCAGAACCGCGCGCUCCUGGCCCAGCUGGAGGCCCUGCGGCGGCGCCGGGGCGAGCCGUCCCGCCUGCACGCCCUCUACGAGGGGGAGGCCCGGGGCCUGCGCGCCGCCGUCGACGGCGAGAGCUGCGAGAAGGCGCGGGCCGAGGAGGUGCGCGAGCACCUGCGCGGCGUCCUGGAGGAGCUGAGGGAGCGCUGCGAGGCUGAGAGCCGGCGGCGGCUGGAGGCGGAGGAGGCGCUGGGCCGGGCGCGGGAAGAGGCCGGCCGGGCGGCGCUGGCCGGCGCCGACGCCGAGGCCUCCCUGGCCACGCUGGCCGACGAGCUGGGCUUCCUGAAGAAGGUGUUCGGCGAGGAGCACGCCGAGCUGACGGCGCAGGUGCAGCAGCAGCAGGCGGCGUGCGUGGGCGUGGGCGCGGGCGCGGAGGCGGAGGUGAGCCGGCCCGACCUGUCGUCCGCCCUGCGGGACAUCCGGGGGCAGUACGAGCGGCUGGCGGCCCGGAACCGGCAGGGCGCCGAGGAGUGGUACCGCGGCAAGUUCGCCGGCGUGGCGGAGGCGGCGAGCCGGAACGGGGAGGCGGUGCACGCCAUCCGCGAGGAGACGCUGGAGUACCGCCGCGUGCUGCAGACGCGCUCGGCCGAGGUGGAGGGCCUGCGCGCCGCGGUGGACUCCCUCACGCGGCAGACGCAGGAGCUGGAGGAGACGCAGGAAGGGGAGGUGGAGAAGUGUCAGAUGAGGAUCGGUGAGCUGGAGACGGACAUCUCGGACGCCAAGCAGGAGAUGUCUCGCUACCUGAGGGAGUACCAGGACCUGCUCAACGUCAAGAUGGCGCUGGACAUCGAGAUCACCGCCUACCGGAAACUCUUGGAGGGGGAGGAGUUUCGGCUGGCCUAUCCGGCGCCUCCGGGCCUGAUGUAAGGUUUCCACGUCUCCGUGCCGACGUCCCCCCUGAAAACCCCGUUUCUUCAGCCCCACCUCUCCACCCCACCCCCUCCCCAACCCCCACUCCCCCUGAUCGCUAACGCUUUAACUCUUUUACAUUCUCCCCCCCCUGACUCCCCAAACUCCCCCUUACCCCCCCCCCCCCCCAAACUCCCCCCUUACUCCUCCUAACUCCCCGAAACUCCCUCAUGACCCCCAAAACAUUUGACCCCAACAGCAGCUCAUUCUUCUUAAGUCAGAUGUGCCCUUGUUAUUCAAGAGGUCUCCAAGGAAGUCCCCCUUCUUCUACACACAUACUGACAGAACACACACACACACACGAAACCUCGCACACACAUAGAGACACACACACACACACACACACAAACACACACACAAGCAUGAACAACGGCGCGCUGUGGAACGCAGAGCGCCGCCAAGUCGUUAGUCAUUAGUUAAUUAAUAAGUCAAUUAGUUAAUUAAUAACCGAUAGCUAUUGGCUGGACAGCGAUAUGCUCCUGGCUGAGUUCUCCUUCGUUGGCCACCGCUGAGGGCCCCAGCUCCAGGAUCCUCACCGGGAAUCCCCCAUCACUGGCCUCACUGCGCAAACAUUUUACCAGAUGUGUGCGACUGAGUGCCACGCCCACAUGUCUCCUGACGCUGGGACCUGACCUGUAGUUUAACGAACGCAAACUCUGCCAACCGGCUAUGUGUUGUCCCUCGCCCUGGACCACUAAUCCUAACCGGUUAGUGGACUGGUAACCUUAAACGUUUAGUUUCCUUUAGAGUAAAUGAAACAUUAGUUUCCAUGUUUCUCUGACCCGUCGCUGUAUUUGGUACGACACACACACCGUGGUGUGCGUACGAAAUACCGCGUCAGGCUCGGUGACGCCGGGUUCUCGUUAUGACUCUGCUUGUGUUUAUGAAAACGAUUAGUGUUAUGAUUAGUUUUGUGUUUGGUUUGCUAGCUCAUUGUCCUCCUACAAGCUAGACUAUGAAACAUGUUCAACUUGGAGGUAGAAUAAGCCAGGGGCCGCAAGCCGUCGCGCUUGCUGAUGGAGCUCGGACUGCGGGCUCCCCAUCUGACCCCAGAAGGAGCUCUGUCCUUGACCUGUGAUUACCUGUAAGACCUACAUGCUAAUAAACGGCCUAACAGAA